AUGUCAAAUACUCAGAUUUAUUCAGCAACAUACUCCAAUGUUCCAGUAUUUGAGUUUGUGACCUCAGAGGGUCCAAUUAUGAGACGCAAACUGGAUUCAUGGAUCAAUGCCACGCAUAUCUUGAAGAUUGCCAAAUUCCCCAAGGCUAGAAGAACAAGGAUAUUGGAAAAAGAUGUACAGACUGGAGUACACGAAAAAGUACAAGGAGGUUAUGGUAAAUAUCAAGGAACUUACGUGCCGUUAGAGUUGGGUGCCACAAUUGCAAAGAAUUUUGGUGUUUAUGAUGUUUUGAGACCAAUAUUCGAGUUCAAGUAUAUCGAGGGGGAAACAGAAGUACCACCACCAGCUCCAAAACAUAAUCACGCAUCUGCAUUGAACAUAGCCAAAAGACAAGCCCUGUUAUUGAAAAAACAAAAGGAUAAACAAGUAUCCGUGUCAGCUUCGUCAGAUGAUAGUACCAGUACCGCAACCAGCACUGUUCCCAAAAAGAGGGGCAGGCCAAAACGCCCAACGCUCAGUGCCACUCCAUCAUUAUUGAAAUCAGAUACAACUCCAAUUGAACAAAGUUUUAAUAGUGCUAGUGCCAGACCCUCGUAUGCUGGACACUUACCGUCCACACUUUCACGACAAGAUACAGAACAAGAUGCUUUGCAAAUCAUGACUAAUAAUAUGAAUCUAAGACAAGAAGAUUUAGCCUCAGUUGGCACCGAUGACGAGGAAGAUGAUAAGGGAGUGCUAGGAAAUGCGAACGGCAAUGGAGGUGCAUUAUCAAACAAGAGAAGGAAGUACCCCUUAUCGAUGACUAAUGGUAAUGGAUUAGAAUCACAAGCGGAAUUAUUGACGUCAAAAGAAUUGUUUGGUGUAUCGAGAACUUCGUUUGAAAAAAGAUCAAAUCAGCAACAUAAUAUCUACCUGCCAUUACAGCCGUACCACCAGCCAAGCAUUACAUUGUCGCAAGAAAACCAGAUAUACUCAGAGUAUUUCCAAGGGUUGUUAAAUUAUUUCCUUGAUGAUAAUAACAGAGUGCGAUCACAACUCCCAGAAAGGCUUAUUAGCCCACCAUUGCCAUUAUCAAAAAUACAUAUAAAUCAAGCGAUUGACACCGAGGGCAAUACCAUUUUUCACUGGGCAUGUUCAAUGGGAAAUUUGAGCAUCAUUGAGUUUCUAAUGAGAACAUUCACGCACGAAAUCAAUCCAGAUGUGAGAAACAAUUGUGGUGAAACACCCUUGAUGUUUAUGGUCAAAUUCAACAAUUCAUUUCAGUUGAGAAAUUUCCCACAGAUUUUGGAAGUCCUUGGCGAUUCCAUGCUUUUGGUAGACUCCAACGGCAAGACUGUAUUACACCAUAUUGUUGACGCUGAUAAUAAACAUAAAAGAGAAAAGUUUGCUAGGUACUACAUGGAAUGUUUGUUUAAAAAGUUGGUCGACGGUGUAAAACCAGAACCAUCUAAUGAUAAUAAGAAAGCUAACCGUGGGAACAUCGGUGACAAUGAUGAAGGUCGACUUGGUGUGGGUAUGAAGGAUGGCGGUGGUGAAGAUAAUGCUUUAGAAGAAGAAGACGACGAAGAUUUACCUUCUACGCAGGUUGAUGAGGAAGCUAAAAAUGAAUUGGUGUCCAAGUUCAUUAACCAUCAGGAUUCCAAUGGUAACACUGCUUUUCAUAUUGCUGCAUAUAACUUGAACAAAAAGUGUAUCAAGGUGUUUAUACUUUAUCAUCGUUUUAUUAAUUUUGGGUUGAGAAAUUUGGUUUCAUGUACUGUUGAAGAUUACUUGGCAUCCCAUAAUUAUGUAUUGAGAUUAGAUCCUACAGAAAACGAUGAUCAACAUAAUGGUAAUGAUGAUGAAGAUACGAUAGAAGACACGACUAAUGAAAACCAAUCAUUUGAAACACAAUUGCACAAUUCAAAGACUGCUAUCAAUUUGCAAAAUAGCACUGCUAAUCAACUUACUGAAAAAAUGACGCAAUUGGCAUAUGCAAUAGAUUCUGAGUUGAGCGAAAAGGAUGAAAUAAUAUUGUCGUACUUUAAGAUUUUGAACGAGAUAAAUGAAACAAAGUUGGCAUCACAGAGAAAUAUAUUGUCAUUUUUCAAAUUGGAUCAUUUAAUUGAUGAAUUAGAACAAAACAGGGAAUCAAGCCAGGACCCAAAUGAUGAUGCUAAUAACAAUAAUUUAUAUCUCGAUUUCAAACGAGAUCAUAUUCUCCAAGAAGAAAUAUACCGAUUAAUGAAUGAUUUGACCUAUCAAGCAUUGCACGAGAAAGAUGAGUUGGAUACACUUGCAAAGAGAUAUAAAAACACAAGGGAAAUUUUGCAGUCAAAGAUUUUGAAAAGUUUAGAGAUCAAUGGAAAUUCGGAAGCCAGUGUUGACAAAAGAGAAGAGUUUGAAUUAGCUAGGGAAUUGCAAGCGGAAAUUAUCAAGCGAAAACAGUUGAUGGAAAAGAUUUUAGCCAAAACCAAAGAUGUUCCAGUUGAACAACGUGAAUCUCCGAAAUCAAUAAUCAACCGAUACUCAAUGGAUGAUAAAUUGUACAAAUAUUGCAAACUAAUAUCGUUGAGCUGUGGUAUGCAAAUUGAAGAAAUCGAAGGAUCGAUCGACGCAAUUGAAGAGUCAUUGGUAAAGAACAAGUAG